AUGCUCCACAACCAGCCCCGCAAGCAUUACAUCCAGGCAAUCCACGCCCGAUUCAUUAUAAGCAACAACCUAUCGCGAAUUUCGAAAAACCAACCCCCCGACAACGAGCUCCCCUGGCAGAUCUGGUACCCGACCCGCGCCGCCGCCGAAACGUACGUCGAGCUCGCCCGCCGCAGGCCGUACAUGCGCCCCGCCGUGGCGCGCGCCCUGAUCGCGAGGGCGAGCCCCAACCCCCACUACCUGGCCGACCUGUACGCUCGGAAGGGGAUGGGAAUCCCUGAAAGAGACGUCUACCGUCCCGAGCAUAACUGCGCCAUCCCGUUCGAGACGUGUUUCGACCUCAACCUGCAGUCCACGCUGUCGGUGGCGAGUGUCGACGGCACGUGCUACCACGAGCCGGAGGGGGGACCUGGCAUAUACAAUGGCUACGGAGGAGAGGAGGCGCAUGCGGAUAAUGUGAAGCUCUACAUCGCGACGAAGGACGAGGCACGCCCGCCAAAUGACGGCAAGGGCGAUGUUAACCUGCCACACCUGUGGGAGGAGCAAAUAAGGGGCGGGUUUUCCGAGGAGGGAAAGAAAUAUUUCCGCGCCUUCCGUGUCUCUGUGCUGGUUAUCGCUGCACACACUUUCAUCAUGGUCAGGAUCUCCGGCCAGUCCAGGGCCGUCCUGCUCACCGCCUCCUUGGCGAAACUCGCCACGGCGGCGCAGGCGGCUUGCGUUUUCUUCUGGCAGGCCAAUCCGGGGGACACGUGCCAGAGCAUCGCCCGCGACUGGAGCCUCACUGCCCAUCAGUUCGUCGCUCUCAACCCGUCCGUGGGGCCUGCCUGUGCCAACGGCGUCACUUCCGGCGUCGAGUACUGUGUUAUGGGCGACCCUGAGACGGGCGGUCCGGCCACAACCACGACGAAGGCCACCACCAGGCCCCCGACGUCGACAUCUGCUCCGCCGACCACCCUCCUCACUUCGACCAGCACCACUGCGCCUCCUACGACAACUCAGGACCCCAACAUUCCCUCGCCUACCCAGCCGGGCACCAUUGAAGGAUGCCGGUCAUAUUACGAGGUUGUUGAAGGGGAUGACUGCGAAACCGUCCAGCGCAAGCAUAACAACCGGUUUUCGAUGGAGGAAUUCUACUUCUGGAACCCGGAGGUGGGCGGAGCGGCCUGUGGGAAUCUGUGGACUGAAUACUACGUUUGCGUUGACGCGGACGCCCGUCUUCCCACGCCGACCGGCCCCAGCCUCCCGGGCCCCACCCAGCCCGGGGUGGUCGGCUUUUGCACCGAGUUUCACAAGGCUCAGGAGGGAGAGGUGUGCUCGACCGUCGCGGAGCGUUAUGGCAACCGCUUCCCCCUCAAGCAAUUGUAA